AUGAAUACUUGCAGAAUAGGUAACAGUGUGAUAUUUUUUUAUUUGGCGCUUCUGUCAUACACUAUAGAAACAUUCGGAUAUUUAGUCAAUGCACCAUCGGGCAACACUAAAAAUUCUGUGAAUGAUUAUCCCAAAGAUGCAUCAAAAUUUAUCUCCACACCUCAGCAAGAGAUGGGACAGCCUGGAAAGCAUUUCAAGGGGAGGAUGAUAGAAGAUGAUCGUCGUGUUCAUACUAGUAAAUCGGAAGAGGACAACGAAGGGGAAAAGGAAGAUGAAGAGAUUCAUCCAAAUGACAGUGAUCUAAGCGAAGAAAUGGAUAAUGAUGAAAUCAAUUCAAAUUUAUCUCCGGCACAACUUCACGAUUCGCUGGGUUCGGAAGAGCCGCAAAAUGAUGCUGUUUCCUUUAUUCAUAAUUCAUUCAUUAGUAGGAAAACAUUCAGUUGUCCAAAAAUCAAAAAUGAUUUCGUGACUGGUACAGAUACGGGUGAUUUGAGUCCGGAGGAUAUCGGAAUCAUUGCUGCAAUGGGUGAUUCCCUUGCCACUGGAACAGGAUUAUGGCCUCAAACGGAUAUCGAAUUUCGUGGGGCUGCAUUUCCAAUAGGUGGUGAUGCAACCAUUGAUGGACUUGUUACUAUUGCUAAUAUACUUCGCGAAUUUAACGAUAAAUUGAUUGGUGUAUCACACGGAAUGGGUACAAGAUUUCAGUUACCUUAUCACCAAUUAAAUGUUGCGGAAAGUGGUGCUACUACGUCCAGUAUGCCUUUACAGGCAAAAGAGUUAGUCAAAAGGCUCAAAGCAUUACGCGAAGUGGAUGUCAACAAUGAAUGGACAUUGGUUAUUAUUACUAUUGGUACUGAAGAGAUUUGUAAAGUUUGUCAGGCUCCUGAUUACAAUGCUCUCUUAGAAUCAUUGCUGAUCUUGAAUCAAGGCAUCCAAAAUGCGCUUGUGGUACUUCUUGGACCUAUCCACGUCUCAUCCUCAUAUCAUCGAGAAGCUAACUUACUUAAAUCUCGUUGUACUUGUUUCAAAGAGAAAUCGGAUGAGGUCAUGAAAGAAUUAAAUAAGCAGUGGACUGAGGCAUUUCUUCGGCUGCAGGCCCAUUUUGAACAACCAUAUAUCAAGCGACAAAAAUUUGGACUUCUGACAUUGCCAAUGCUAACGGUUACAUCUCGUUAUCCAUCUUCAUUGUUUAUUCCAAAUCGUCCACUUUUGAGUCGUAAAGGACAUACUUAUGCUACCAAAUGGUUAUGGAAUCGGUUGAUGACUGGACCUACCUACAAUCUUUCAUUAGCUGUACUUUCUGAGGACUCAUACUACUGUCCAUCGAUGGGAUGUCCGUAUUUUCGAACACCAGCAAAUCGACAGUAUUGUCGACUACUUCGUCAUGUCGAUGUCAAAAAUCAAGACGAAGAAACUGCAUUAGGAAUUGAUAGACCGAUGAGGAGGUCAAGAGAAAAACUGUAUACAACAGCUGGUGCUGUUGUGCUCAUUUCUUUUCUCACCGUAUUGCUCAUUGGUACUUUACUUUACCAAAAGAGUAAAUAUGAAAAACGCAUUAGGUACAGGAAAAGUUUAUACGAAGACAAGGAAGGAGUGUUCGAUUCACUAACAUCCAGGAACUGA